AUGGUGGAUGCUGCGGCGUGGCGGCAGCGUGCGCACAGCAUGGGCGGGUCCCUGGUCAGCAACCUGGAGGUCCUGGCCGGCAAGGACAUCGGCAGCGCCGACUCCCCGCGCGCCGGCGACGGCGACCACGCCGGCUCCAUGCUGCACUUUGUCUCCGGCUCGCUCGACCUCGAGGUGGGCAGUCACUCAGGGGACGGUCACUGGCGCAGCUCGCUGGAUGGGAAGGACUUCCGGGAAUCAACACCGGGCCCCAGCGAGCGCUCAGAGGAGACCGACAACUCCUUCACCUUCAAUCGCCUGCUGCAGGGGCCCAUAUCCAUGCACCCGCCGCCGCUGCUGGAGGCGCAGAGCUCCGACUCCGAUGCGACGCCAACGUUCGGCGGUGGCCGCACCUGGCAGCUGCGCGGCAGCUCCCGUCAGCCACAGCCGCGCACGGCGCAGGCAUCCGACGGCGUGCACUCUCAGCGCAUUGUGGAGGGGGAUGAGACCCAGGACGAUCCGCAGGAGUCGCCCUUUGCAAGCGCCAAACAGCAGGGCCCCUGA